GAAGCACAGCAAAGAAGAAAGACAGACACAAGACACUGAACCUCUGUCACCAUGGGGAUCUGGGUUGUGAAUGAAGGACUCUCAAUCUUUGUCGUUCUCUUAUGGCUGGGGAUAAACGUCUAUCUCUUUGUCAAGUACUACAUGGUUUAUGCACUGCAAGACAACUAUUAUUAUACACGAAGACUUCUUGGAUCAGCCCUGGCAUUUGCCAGGGCCCCUGCAGCCUGUCUGAAUUUCAACUGCAUGCUGAUUCUGCUGCCAGUCUGUCGAAAUCUGCUCUCCUUCCUCAGGGGUUCCAGUGCGUGUUGUUCAACAAGAAUUCGAAGACAACUGGACAGGAACCUCACCUUUCACAAAAUGGUAGCAUGGAUGAUUGCACUUCAUACUGCAAUUCACACCAUUGCACAUCUGUUUAAUGUGGAGUGGUGUGUGAAUGCUCGAGUCAACAAUUCUGAUCCAUAUUCGAUAGCACUCUCUGACCUUGGAGACCAUAAUGAAACUUACCUCAAUUUUGCUCGAGCAAGAAUCAAGAAUCCUGAAGGAGGCCUAUAUGUGGCUGUGACUCGGUUGGCAGGUAUCACUGGAAUUGUCAUCACACUAUGCCUCAUAUUAAUUAUCACCUCCUCCACAAAAACCAUACGGAGGUCUUACUUUGAAGUAUUUUGGUACACACACCAUCUCUUUGUGAUCUUCUUCAUUGGUCUCGCCAUUCAUGGAGCUGAGCGAAUUGUACGUGGGCAGACCUUAGACAGUUUGAAGAAACAUGAUCCGAGUAAAUGUGAAAAAAAUAUCACUGAAUGGGGGAAAAUAAAGAACUGUCCCAUCCCAGAGUUCGCUGGGAACCCACCUAUGACCUGGAAAUGGAUAGUGGCUCCCAUGUUCCUGUAUGUCUGUGAGAGGUUGGUCCGGUUUUGGCGAUCUCAACAGAAAGUAGUCAUCACCAAGGUGGUCACUCACCCUUUCAAGACUAUUGAGCUACAAAUGAAAAAGAAAGGAUUCAAGAUGGAGGUGGGACAAUACAUUUUUGUCAAGUGUCCUAAGGUGUCCAGACUUGAGUGGCACCCUUUCACACUGACUUCUGCACCUGAGGAAGACUUCUUUAGCAUCCAUAUCCGUAUUGUCGGGGACUGGACAGAAGGACUAUUCAAUGCCUGUGGCUGUGAUAAGCAGGAGUUUCAGGAUGCCUGGAAACUACCUAAGAUAGCGGUUGAUGGGCCCUUUGGCACAGCCAGUGAAGAUGUGUUCAGUUACGAGGUGGUGAUGUUGGUGGGAGCAGGCAUUGGUGUUACACCCUUCGCAUCCAUUCUCAAGUCAGUCUGGUACAAAUACUGCAAUAAUGCCACCAAUCUGAAGCUUAAAAAGAUCUAUUUCUAUUGGCUAUGUCGAGACACACAUGCCUUUGAAUGGUUUGCAGACUUGCUGCAACUUCUGGAGACCCAGAUGCAGGAGAGGAACAAUGCUGACUUCCUUAGCUACAACAUCUAUCUCACUGGCUGGGAUGAGUCUCAGGCCAAUCACUUUGCUGUGCACCAUGAUGAGGAAAAGGAUGUUAUCACAGGCCUGAAACAAAAGACCUUGUAUGGGCGACCCAACUGGGAUAAUGAAUUUAAGACAAUUGCAAGUCAGCAUCCAAAUACCAGAAUAGGAGUUUUCCUCUGUGGACCAGAAGCCUUGGCCAAAACCCUCAGUAAACAGAGCAUCUCCAGUUCUGAAUCUGGCCCCCGAGGAGUGCACUUCAUUUUCAAUAAGGAAAAUUUCUAACUGGUCUGUUCCAUGAGGAUCUAAAUGUGGGUUAUGCUGCCAAAUGCCCAAAUAAUACUAGUUGAUGAUAUACAUUCCUCCCUUUUAAAAAUGGGAUAACAGUAAUGAAAACGCAAUUGUUUUUCACUGAAAAAAUAAGUCAAAAGAUUGUUUGAAUGUAAUCAUUUGUAUGGGGUUUUAUGAUUUUUGGAACAAUUUUACAAGCUUUAAUUCAUUUUUUCUCUUAUAGUAAUGCCAGAAAAAAGAGGGUAAGGAUACCUAGAUUUAUUUUUUCAGGAUAAAAAUUGGGGGGCUCAAAAUGGUGAGAAAAACUUCUAAAGUUUAGGAAGCUGAGACCAGAUCUGUUUUGGGAGUCUUCCUAUGAUGUCAAAUUUCCUACAAAUAGGGUUUUAUAAUUCCAGUAGAAGAAACAAACCAGAUAGUACCUAUUUAUUUUCCUUUUGUGUCAUUUUUGUUAUCAUUGCCAUAUAGAAGGAAAAUGUCCACGUAGUUAAGAGAUAAUAUACGCUGAAAGUGAUUCAGCACUUAAUAGUGACAGGAAUGAUAUUUGAAAAUACCCAUUUUUUUUGGAAGCCUAACUGGGUCAGAGAGAUUUUUUUUCCUACAAAAGAAUAUGUGGCUGACCAGAAUUCACAGAAUACCUAGCAUUUACAAAGAUGUGUGGCAGAGAGUAGACACUCAAGGGCAGUUUGUUGAAUGAAUAAAUAAAAAGACAUUUAGAAAUAUAUAAUAAUAUAUAAUGCCAGGGUAGAAUUUAAGUCUUAAAUAGCUCCUGGGAAGUAGCUCCUGUUAUUUUUAUAGAGCAAAGGAACCUGAUUCUCCUGAGAAUAGAAAACAGACUAAGGACAGUAAUUUGAAAGUUUUCUUAAAUUCUUGUUUGAAGCUGGGGGCGGGAGAGAGAGAGAGAUAAAUUAGGGGGCUGGAGAGAUAAUACAGUGGGUAGGACAUUUGUCUUGGGUAGGGGAUUGAACCCCGACAGCCAACCCAGGGUUCAAUCCCCUACACCCCAUAUGAUCCCUGAGCACAGAGCCAGAGCCAGGAGUAAUUCCUGAGCACUGCUGGGUGUAGCCACAAAACAAAACAAAGCAACAACAACAACAAAACAAACAAACAAGAGCCAUGUAAGCAGAGAAGUGACCUCCUACCAUAAUUCCUGCUGGCUCCUUUAGUUCUGAUUUCUGGGCUAUAAAAAAAUGCCAACCAAUUUAUUGCCACUUGUGAUUUUCAAAUCAAGAAUGGUGCUAAGUAUAUAUCUGAUAUGCCCACCUGCUUUAAAUACUUCCACUCCACUUUACUUAAAUACAUUCACAAAAAUUUAUUUUAUUUGUGUGACUAACAGUUUAUGGGUUUAACAGCAAUGACAUCAUCUUGAUAUUAACAGCAUCUUGAUAUUAAGAACCUAAAAUCCCUUGCUUAUUGUGUAUUAGAUUCACAUUCAGUAGAAUGUUCUCUGAAUGUGGUCAGAGUUUUUUAUUUUGUUUUUGCUUUAUUUUUCUGCUUAGACCUGCUUAUAUUUCUGGGAAAUAAACACAGUUCCUCUCUCUGGAGCGACAAAUAUCUAGAACUAGUCAACUUUAGUAAAGAGGAAAAAAGUGAGGCAAACAGUGGAAGAGCAGAUUAGGACAGGAGGGAAGGAGAAAGUGACUAAAAGGAGAAAGAAAAAUCAAAAAAGAAAAAAGGGAAAAGGAUCAGGGAAAGGAGUCUUAUUUCCUACUUCAAAUUUCUUAAAAUUUUUAAAUGUAUUGGCUGUAAUUGAAAGAAGCAUAUAUGUGUAUAUAUGUGUGUUUUUCAUUUUACUUUGGUUAUAUAUAGUCUUGAAGCUGAAAAUCUAGUCAAAGAUUUUAACGCUGAACAGGCAUAUUCAGGGGCCCAGGAUGAAAUAGUAAAACUCAGCUGCUCUUUGGCUCUCUGGAUGCCCAGUGCUUUGACAAGUCAGAUUUGCUAUGGGAAUGUUGCCUACUCCCAAAUGUCCUAGGAACAUCCCUGCUUAGAGAAACUUGGGGUCAGCCUGUUCUCACCACACUUCAGAUAUCUUUUAACCCAUUCAACAAAUUUUAACUGUUCUAUUACUAAGCCACAGGCUCUGCAUUCAUAGUUUCACUCUUUAUACCUAAGUGUGAGCAGGAGAGGAACCUCAGUUAGAAGCAGACUAAAAAUCUUGGCCCUCUAACCUAUGUGGCAUGAGUAAAACCAACUUCAGUUGUCUCCCUAUAAACGUUUCUCCAGGCUGUCUGCCUUUAACAUUGACAUAGUUGCCAAAAGAGAGAGAUGCUCCCUGUGUUAUUCUGGUUAUAAGAUGUGAAAAAAAUGAGCAUAAAGGUGCUUGUCGUGAUGAGAGCUUGCUUUUUAUUGCUUCUUCAAAGCUUCCAGCUGCCAGAAUAGCUCUUUCAGCAUUUAGUAUUUAGAAUAUAGUGACAGGUACUGAGAAGAUAAUUAAGCAGUGCUUUUAAUCUCAAGGCUAGGCAAGGUUUUUUUCUUAGUUCUCCUGCUUUGGCAAUAUUGUUUUUAUGAAAUUUGAAUGCUUGUGUUUUAUCUGAACAGUUGGGGGAGGGACCGUGGGCGAUAACUCCUCAGAAUAAUGAUUAAAAUUUGCUAAACUAUUAAAAUGUA